AUGGAUUUUUCAUAUUUAGGUCUUGCGUUCUUGCGUUAUCCUCGAGGUAUAUUUCUUGACCGUAAUAAUACAUUGUACGUAGCUGAUAGCGAUAAUAAUCGUAUUGUUCCAUGGAAAGAGGGAGCAACGACUGAAGUCUUUAUCGCACCAGUCAUAAAUCCUGUAGCCAUUUAUGUUGAUUAUGAAAGAGUUAUUUAUGUUUCUGAUCAGACUGCGGUAUUGAAAUACAAUCGAAGUGCCAGUGACGAUAUGUGGGUCUUAGUUGCUGGUAAUUGGGUACUGGGUAGUGCAGCCAAUCAACUCUAUUAUCCAACGAGUAUAUAUAUAGAUGAACAAAAUCAAAAUCUCUAUGUAGCUGAUUUGCAAAAUCAUCGUAUAGUCAUGUUUCUAAUGAAUAGCAGCGUGACAAGCGGUAUUGUAAUUGCUGGUAUCAGUUCGACAUCCGGUAACGGCAGUAUCCAUCUAAAUGCUCCAAAUGGUUUAUUUGUCGAUCAAGUGCACAAUUUUCUCAAAACAACAACAACUCAGAGACGCUGGAUAACAACACCAUUCAGUUCAACACGUUUUUCUACAACGAAUCAACCACUGAUGACCCAACAAAAUUUACCUAUCCAGUUAAACUAUACAAUUGCUUUAUCAACUGAUAUCAGCUUAUUAGUUAUACCCAGCGCUAGUUAUCCAAACAUAGCAGCACUAAUCAUGGGUAGUUUAAUUAACAUAUACAAUCAGACGACGGUCGUAAUCUGGGAGGCGUACAUUGUCCAAAAUGGUGAUAUCUAUUAUCUUUAUGUUAAUGCUACACUACAACUUCCAUUCUUGUGCCCCAGUGAAUCAAGCUGCCAGAAUUCGAUACAAACAGCCUUAGAGGAAACACCUUUAACUACUUUAACAUUGUCGACAGAAAAUGGACAAGUUAUUGAUAUACUAGUUGAAAAGCCAACGAUGCAAGGCUUAAAACCGUCCUUACUACAUGGAAAAUGUAAUCGUAUUGACGUAAUUGUGGGACUCGUAUUGGCAACACUAAGUUUACACGUCUACAUAAAUGCACUGCCUCCUGUAUAA